AUGGAAGUCGCUCCAACACUCCUGUUGCUGCUGUGCGGUCUGAGCGUUUCUCUGGCGGCUGAUUGGGAGUUUGCGGACACUCAUUUGACCUACCUCGGUGAUGCCAUAGACUACAAGGAUCCCUGUAAAGCCGCUGCCUUUUUGGGAGAUAUCGCCCUUGAUGAAGAUGACCUCCGAAUGUUCAAAGAAGCCCACAGCAGUGAUGGAGCACAGCACACUGUCCAGACCAACCACACAGACUCAGUUAACAGUUCCAGCGUCAGGAGGAGUAGGAGAGCUGCAGACAGAAAGAGUCUCCAUCGUCGAAGGAGAGCAGCCACCUCCAGACCUGAGCGAGUGUGGCCGGAUGGCAUCAUCCCGUAUGUGAUCAGUGGGAACUUCACCGGCAGUCAGAGAGCCAUUUUCCGACAGGCAAUGCGUCACUGGGAGAAACACACUUGUGUAACAUUCACUGAGAGGACGACUGAAGAAAGCUACAUCGUUUUCACCUACCGACCUUGUGGGUGUUGCUCCUACGUGGGGAGGAGAGGUGCUGGCCCUCAGGCCAUCUCUAUAGGAAAGAACUGUGAUAAGUUUGGCAUUGUGGUGCAUGAACUCGGACAUGUGAUCGGCUUCUGGCACGAACACACACGUCCAGACCGUGACGAGCAUGUAAGCAUCAUCAGAGACAACAUCCAACCAGGACAGGAGUAUAACUUCCUGAAGAUGGAGCCAGGCGAGGUUGACUCACUUGGGGAGGUAUACGACUUCGGCAGCAUCAUGCAUUAUGCAAGGAAUACAUUUUCCAGGGGGAUCUUCUUAGACACGAUCUUGCCCCGUUAUGACGUCAAUGGAGUCAGGCCACCUAUUGGACAGAGGACCAGGCUGAGCAAAGGGGACAUUGCACAAGCCCGAAAACUCUACCAGUGUGCAAGGUGUGGGGACAGCCUACAGGACAGUGCUGGAAACUUCUCUUCUCCCGGUUUUCCGAACGGCUACUCCGCGUACGCUCACUGUGUCUGGAUGAUUUCUGUCACUCCUGGAGAGAAGAUUGUGUUGAAUUUUACUUCCAUGGACCUCUUCAGGAGUCACUUGUGUUGGUACGACCAUGUGGAAGUCCGAGACGGGUUUUGGAGAAAAGCUCCUCUGAAAGGCCGUUUUUGUGGAGACAUGCUUCCAGAUCCAAUCAUCUCAACCGACAGUCGACUGUGGAUUGAAUUCAGAAGCAGCAGCAGCUGGUUGGGCAAAGGCUUUUCAGUAGUCUAUGAAGCCAUUUGUGGGGGAGAGGUGAAGCGGGACAGCGGCCAGAUCCAGUCCCCCAAUUAUCCCGAUGACUACCAGUCCAACAAAGUGUGUGUAUGGCAAAUCACAGUGGCAGAGGGUUUUGAUGUUGGCCUCUCCUUUCAGUCAUUUGAGAUUGAGAGACAUGACAGCUGUGCCUACGACUAUGUGGAGGUGAGGGAUGGCAGCUCAGAGAGCAGCCUGCUGCUCGGCCAUUUCUGCGGCUACAACAAACCUGACGACAUCAAAAGUAGCUCCAACCAGCUCUGGCUGAAGUUUGUGUCGGAUGGCUCGGUCAACAAAGCUGGGUUUGCGGCCAACUUUUUCAAAGAGAUGGAUGAGUGCUCCAGACCUGACAACGGUCACUGUGAGCAGCAGUGUCUGAACAUGUUGGGCAGCUACAGAUGUGCUUGUGACCCCGGAUAUGAGCUGGCAGCUGACAGACGUAGCUGUGAGACAGCUGCCUGUGGCGGGUUCAUCACCAUGCUCAAUGGCUCCCUCACCACCCCCGGGUGGCCCAAAGAAUACCCACCCAACAAGAACUGUGUGUGGCAGCUGGUGGCACCCAUUCAGUAUCGCAUCACUCUGGUGUUCGAUGUGUUCGAGACCGAAGGGAAUGAUGUGUGUAAAUAUGAUUAUGUGGAGGUGCGCAGUGGGUUGACUCCAGACUCAGAGCUUCACGGGAAGUUCUGUGGAGCGGAGAAACCCGAGGUCAUCACCUCCCAACAAAACAACAUGAGGAUCGAGUUCAAGUCCGACAACACCGUCUCCAAGAGGGGCUUCAAAGCUCAUUUCUUCUCUGAUAUAGAUGAGUGCUCCAAAGAAAAUGGUGGCUGCCAGCAUGAAUGUGUGAACACCUUCGGGAGCUACAGCUGUCAGUGCCGCAGCGGCUUCAUGCUGCAUGAUAAUAAGCAUGACUGUAAGGAAGCGGGCUGUGAUCAUGCUGUCAACACUGUGUUAGGCACAAUAAGCAGCCCCAACUGGCCUGAUAAGUAUCCCAGCAAAAAGGCCUGCACAUGGUCUCUGUCCACAACCCCAGGCCAUCGUAUCAAAAUUGUUUUCAGUGAGAUCGACAUGGAGUCUCAUCUGGAGUGCGCUUACGACCAUCUGGAGAUCUACGACGGGCGUGACACUCGUGCCCCGUUUCUUGGACGCUUCUGUGGCACCAAAAAGCCUUCUCCAGUCGUCUCCAGUGGCAACAAAAUGUUCCUCCGUUUUUUCUCUGACAACUCAGUGCAGAAGAGAGGCUUUGAGGCUUCAUACAGAGCAGAAUGUGGAGGAAGCCUGAAAGCCGAGGUCAAGACAAAAGAUCUCUACUCUCAUGCCCAGUUUGGAGAUAACAACUACCCCGGCGGCUCCGACUGUCUGUGGGUGGUCUCUGCUGAGAAGGGUUACGGAGUGGAGAUCAUCUUCCAAGUGUUUGAGAUCGAGGAGGAGGCAGACUGCGGGUAUGAUUAUGUGGAGCUGUAUGACGGCGCUGAUAUCAAGUCUCCGAGGCUGGGACGAUAUUGUGGAUCUGGGGCCCCAGAGGAAGUCUACUCAGCCGGGGACGCCAUAGUUUUAAAGUUUCACUCAGAUGACAGCAUCAAUAAAAAAGGCUUUCAUGUACGCUACACAAGCACAAAGUUCCAGGACACGUUACACGCAAGCAAGUGACUCUCUGAAACUACCCCAAACCUAAAUGGAGACUUCACCCCUAACAUUUGGUCAGACACACCCAUCUCCAGGCGAGGAUGAAUGCAUGGAUUGAUACCACAAACACCAACCUGCAUACUUUACAUUCACAUCUGUUAGACAGAGUGAAGCCAUGCAGACAAAUUGCAUCUUUACUCUUCCUCAUUAUAUAGCUA